CCUAUUUUGAUCUAAACCAGGAUCUUAGGCUGGGUUAUUUCCAACCCAGGUCAAACAAUUUUGAUCGCAAGAUGUUUUUCUGGUUUAUGUGCUGUCUUGUGGAUAUGUGGCUGAUUUCUGCCUCAGAUGAGAUCUGUCCAGAACUUCCCCCAGUGGACAAUAGCAUAUUUGUUGCAAAGGAGGGGGAAGGACAAAUUCUGGGGACUUACUUAUGUAACAAUGGCUACCACCUGGUAGGAGAGAAAACCCUUUUUUGUAAUGCAUCUAAGGGAUGGAAUGCCUCUGCUCCAGCGUGCCGCUUGGGCCACUGUCCUGACCCUUUGCUGGUGAAUGGUGAGUUUAGUUCCUUGGAGCCUGUGAACGUGAAUGACACUGUCACAUUUAAAUGCAAUGAGCAUUACGUCCUCAAGGGCAGCAAUUGGAGCCGGUGCCUAGAGAACCACACCUGGGUGCCUCCCUUUCCUGUCUGCAAAAGCAGAGACUGUGGCCCUCCUGAGAAUCCAACUCAUGGCUAUUUUGAAGGAACAGAUUUCAACUCGGGAUCUACCAUUACUUAUUACUGUGAAGCGAGGUACUACCUGGUGGGCACACAGCAGCAACAGUGCAUUGAUGGGGAGUGGAGCAGUACCCUUCCGGUCUGUGAGUUGAUCCGAGAAGCUCCCAAACCAGCUGAGUUGGAGUUGGAGAAGGCACUGGGAGAAGAGAGGGACACUUGGCAGCAUCCUGAAAGGGGCCCUAGGCAGCCCCCAACCAACCUGCAAAUUUAAAUGAUUCAUCAUGUUGAAGACCCAGAUCUGUACUGAAGCUAGCCUUGUUCUGAGCCCCCAUUUGGGCACCUAAGCACUACUCAUUAGCUUCCGAGUGUAGAGCUGAGUCUCAGUUCUUAAAUUGUUAACUUCAAAAAAUGUUCUUUCUUCAGCUUGCCUUUCAGGAGAGUAAGGAACUUUGCAAAGCCAUAGUGAACUUUACACAAAGAUUAAAGAAAAGUGGCUUAACGGUGGAGAAAGAAAAAUUUUCUCUGGAAAUAAGGAAAGCUGAGUUGAAGACAAAAAUGUUGCCCUGACAUUGUCUGAGCAGACUGAGUAAUAGAAAUACUCCUAUGAAUAAAAUUUCCUCUUGGCUCUGAAA